UUUUAAACGUGACAGUCAAGUUUGAACGUUUUAUAUUUGCAGCUGGUCCUGGUUUGUUUUCCCAAGUCUUGACUUGACUUGACUUGUAUCUCUUCUAACUUGUCAAUACUUGAUUGUCACCGUGGUACGAUGCCCCCAACAAUAUUGCCACCACGGCCUGAACUUCCAUUCAAACACCAGAAUCCUCAUAUCGCUUCUCUCGACCUCUCUAAAUUGCCCCCUGUUAAAUAUCAGUCGCUUGAUCGUGAUGGCCAUGAGGUUUUGGUAGGGCGCAUGAAGAUUCCUACACCCGGCGGUCAUGCUUUCAUCUUGAGACGUUUUGAUACGGGUGCCAUCAGUCUGACUACUAUGUUCCGGGCCGCCUUCCCUACUGCUUCUGAAGCUGAUGAACGUCGCGAAACUGUCUGGGUAAAGGAUACCUACGAUCUCGCUGGGAAUAACGGCUCCGCUAAGGAACCUUCUAUCGUGCGUCUUGCCGGAACAUGGGUCAGCGCUGAGGUUGCUCUCCUUCCUGAAUUUGCACAAACAUAUGGUUUGGGCGGCGUCAUUCCUCAUGUCGCCAAGGCCACCCCCGACCCCUCUGCAGCCUAUCGUCGCUCUUCGACAAAAACAACACCUAAAGCGACGCCGAGAUCGCCUCCUGCUGCGAGUAGUACACUCCCGACUCCUGCUCCGUCAAUCACACUUCCGACCCCGAAACGCAGGCGGGAAACUUCUCCUGUACCGGUAGCAGAUCCUGCGCCUUCCACCUUACCUCCUCCGCGCCGAUCGGCGCGGACAAAGAGUCCAGCACCUGUCCCAGUCUCCCUGCCGUCUCGAUCACCCGUCAAGCCCAGAUCGCCGGCGCCUCGUUCACCGGCACCUAUUUCGCCAACGACCAAAUCUCCCAAGCCCAAGUCAUCUGCGCGAGCUGUGCGGAUUAUCGAGGUUACUACUCCAGGGGGAUCCGACGAGACUGUUGUGGAAGAGGAGGCGGAGACAAUUGAAAUUACGCACCCAAAUAUGUCUCAGGACAUAGCCGAGCAGAAGGAAUUGAUUGAGCGGUUGAAGGCAGAGAGAGAUGUGCCAUUGAUGGAGGCCGACACAUUAAAGCGCGCGAGGGAUGAUGAAGAUGAGAGUACAGAAUUUACGUUCCAGUUUAAGGAACCAGAAGUGCAGGAAAGGCAAAUUGCAACAAACAAACGGGUUGGAAGGUUCCAUCUGGAGCCAAGGCAAAAAUCAUUUGCAUGGGGCGUCGCGGCAUUCGCGAUUGGAAUGAGUGCAGUAACAUUCAUCCCAAAUAUAUUCUAAACACACUAUCUGCUUGUCUUAUCUGUUUUCCUUAUUGUCAGUUCUCGUUUCCCUUCUUUUCUGGUGUCAUCCUAACACCUGUACGUCUGCUCUCCUGCGACACAUUUCUUUCUCAUCAUGGACCAUUAUAAUGUCCAUUUAUUCACCCUUUCGUAGCCAACUUCGGGUUUCCGGUUGACUUACGUAGAUCGUUUCUAUUGUUAAACGUUGAGUAAGUAGUAUUGUAUACUGGUGAAAUUGGAAUACAUACACAGAUGACCGAAGGCGAGAAUGGGUCCAUGCUUUCGUGAAUCGUCUCGGCUACACUUUGCUUGUGUAAGUACGACCCACGCUUACC